GGUGAAGUUGAUUGUCAAAGAUAAAAAUAUGUCAAAUCAACCGCAAUCCAGAAGUAUUCUCGCUAAAAUCUUAAAAAAUUUCAUAAAUUCGAUAAAACCGAGGCAAUGGUCAGGAGAUUUAAUAGGAAAAGAUUACCACGGAACGAAAUAUUUUGAAAUUCCAGCCGAUCCAUCGCUCGGUAGACGAAGAGAACGAUGGUUUGAACCUAUAAACAAGGAGAAUUUCGAACAAGAAUUACCCCCCGAGUGGCAAGCAUGGCUUCGAGGGAAAAGACGGGAGCCCCCCACAGAGGAUGAAAUCGACCGUAAUUUAGCUCUUAUCCAUAUGAAGAAAAUAAACGCAAUAGAAGUGGAUAAAAAAGGAGGAUUAAUGACGCCCGCAACGAAAGGGUUUGAAUCAUUUCCAAAACGAACUGAAUAUGAGCUAACUCCAGGAAAAGAUCGAAAUGAAUAAAUAAAAUAGUUACAAUAAUUUUAGUAAUUUAUUUUUUUAGAAAUAAUAAAAAUACUUGACAAUGAA